AUGGAACACAUCUUUUGGGACUGCACCGCAGACCCACCACCCGAAGAACUCCAGAAGCUUCCAGAGACGUGCGCCGCCGUCGAAGCCACGGAGAAAUCCAUGGAGGCCGACAACACUGCCGACAACAAGACCGGCUACGGUGACAUGAUGACCGCGGCGUUCGAGGCGGCGCAGCUCUUCCACGACGGUGGCCGGCACAGUGGAUUCGCGCCGGGCGCGGCGGCUAGGUUCAUGCCUGAACUACUGGAACAGAGGAAGAUGCGUCAGUUCUGCGACGUCGUGUUCCAGGCUGCCAAUGGUGCGGAGACCUGGGCGCAUCGGUUCGUAUUGGCUGCCAAAUAUUCUGGCUGCCACGCUCUCUUCACUCUCGCCAAAGAAGGCAUGAGUCCCGAACAGAUGUGUGCCCCGCCCAUCCGGGUCACGGUGGAAGAUCUGAGCAACAAGAUGAUCGAGCUGCUCGUCGACGUCGCCUACCACGUUCCGCUGCACGAGCGCAUCGGUAUGCACAAUGUCGGCGAGAUGCUCGAGCUCGCCGGUAAACUCGAGUCAAUCGAGAUACGGGAUCACUGCCUGAACACCCUCAAGCAGAAUCUUGAACCGGAGCUCUGCAUCGACAUUUACGACCUGGCCUCCCGCUCCGGAUACGAGACUCUCGCCGGAGACGCUUUUCGCUAUCUGCUUCGGAACUUCAACGAGGUGUGGAGGAAGAGCGACCUGUUCCAGGCCCUGACACCAGAGGACAUGCGCACCCUCCUGGAAGACGACCGGUUGUACGUUCCCAAGGAAAUAGAGGACACCUUCGGCGCCAUUAUCAAGUGGAUCUCCGCCAACGUGGACAAGAGGAAGGCCUACCUGGCCAAGUUUCUGCCACUCGUGCGCUUCGCACGGUGUUCUGUCACGGACUUCGAGAAAGUCAUCACCAACUCACAAGUGCAGGGUGAUGCUGACAGCCUGGAGGUGCUGAACGUCAUUCACCAGGUCGGCUGCUAUACUUUUCUGCACUGUGGCCACUCGCUUGAUUUUUCGCUGAUCGACACCAUCGCUGUCUACGAUUGCAUUGGAAUGCAGUUGACGCUGUCCAGGCCGUCCAUGGCCGCUGGCGUAGUUGCCGGCGUUGACCUGUCCCCGAGGUUGUGGCUCAGGCCUCGCCUGCCCAAGGACAUCUUGUUCCUUUUCGGCGGCUGGACAACGGGCGCCACCAACGUCAUGCUCACGUACAACUGCCGCGCAGCCAAGUGGCGCAUGAUGGGCAACCAGAACACCAUGGCCAGGGCAUACCACGGCGCCGCGGUGAUCAACCAGUGUAUCUACUUCGUGGGCGGGUGCAACGGCCGAUCGUGCUAUCACUCGGUCGUCUGCUUCGACGUGCGCCAUUCCCGAUGGAGCGCCAAAGCGAACAUGGCGUUCGCGCGCAGCUACGUCAGCGUCGCCGUCCUCCAGGGCUACAUCUACGCCAUGGGCGGUUACGACGGCCGCACGCGCCUUAAAACGGUGGAGCGGUACGACGUCAAGAAAAAUCAGUGGUCCAUGGUAGCCGACAUGAACGAGGCCCGCAGCGACGCCAGCGCCGCGUCGGCAUGCGGACGCAUCUACAUCGCGGGGGGAUACACGGAUGGAUGGUUUCUGGACACCGUGGAGUGUUACGACCCAUCGACCGACGCCUGGACUCUGGUUCUGACCAUGGCUACGCGGCGUUGCAGCCUCAAGGUGGUCGCCCACAAGAACAUGAUCUACAUCAUUGGCGGAAAGAGCGAUUGGCAGCUGUUGUCCUCCAGUAAGCCACUACUCACUAUAUAG